GUGUUCAUACAGCAAGCUAACCGCUUACCACUAUGAAACCUCCUCAUCCCUAUCAAAACUAACCCUUUAAUACCCACCGAUACCACCUCAUUUACUCAAACAAAGCCUGCGAAGUCCACACAGACAUUUCAGAGGGAUUCAAAGCUUUAAAAAACGGAUUUACGAUGUCGAUCGAGUACGAGGAGCAGCUAGCCGGUAGCCUGGUGGACUCUUUUCCAAAAGAUUUCGGCUACGGCGUGGAAAACAUGGACAUGAUGCAGGAAAACCUGGAAAAUUCUCCGUCAGCAGACAAUAAACCCAGAAUCCUGCUGAUGGGACUGAGGCGCAGCGGGAAAUCCUCCAUCCAGAAGGUGGUGUUUCACAAGAUGUCUCCCAAUGAGACGCUUUUUCUGGAGAGCACCAACAAGAUCUACAAGGACGACAUCUCUGGCAGCUCCUUCGUCAACUUUCACAUAUGGGACUUUCCCGGACAGGUGGACUUUUUCGACCCUACUUUUGACUACGAGAUGAUUUUCAGAGGCACCGGCGCAUUGAUUUUCGUCAUUGAUGCUCAGGAUGAUUAUGUUGAAGCGUUAGGACGGCUUCAUCUAACGGUGUCGCGGGCGUUCAGGGUGAACCCGGAGAUUAAUUUUGAGGUGUUUAUACACAAGGUGGACGGUUUAUCAGACGAUCAUAAGAUCGAGACGCAGAGAGACAUUCAUCAGAGAGCCAAUGAUGAUCUUGCUGACGCCAGUCUGGAAAAGCUUCACCUCAGUUUCUAUCUAACCAGCAUCUAUGACCACUCCAUAUUUGAGGCCUUCAGUAAGGUGGUCCAGAAACUCAUCCCUCAACUCCCCACGCUGGAAAACCUCCUCAACAUAUUCAUUUCUAAUUCUGGGAUCGAGAAAGCGUUUCUGUUCGACGUGGUCAGUAAGAUCUACAUCGCCACCGACAGCUCUCCGGUGGACAUGCAAUCGUACGAGCUCUGCUGUGAUAUGAUCGACGUGGUCAUUGACGUCUCGUGUAUUUACGGCUUAAAAGAUGAAGGCAACGGAAACGCUUAUGAUAAAGAGUCUCUGGCCAUCAUAAAGCUGAACAACACCACAGUGCUUUACCUGAAGGAAGUCACUAAGUUCCUAGCGCUAGUCUGCAUCCUGAGAGAAGAGAGCUUCGAGAGGAAAGGUUUGAUCGACUACAACUUCCACUGCUUUCGAAAGGCCAUUCACGAAGUGUUCGAGGUGAGCGGCUCCACGCAGAGGAUGGGGGGAGCGACAGUUCAGUCCAGUCCUCCUAGCUGCAGCGGAAACGGCCUGAGCAGACUCAAAUCCACAGCACUCAACGGGACACCCAGGAGCCUGGUGUAACCCAGGACAACACGGACCUCUACGAAUCACACUGAACUUGAGAUUUACUGGAGCGUUUCUCUAGCUAUACCUGCUGUUCCAGGACCUGAGAGACACAACGGGGACACUCAAAACAGGACGGAUUACAUUGCUGCUUUUUUAAAAAUGAUAUUUUGAUGUGUGUGUGUGUAUGAGAGAGUGUGUGUGUGAGAGAGAGAAAUUGUGUUUAAUUGUGUUAAUAGGAGAAAAUGG